AUGUUGAUGGACUUUGUGACAUUGAGACAUGGUGAUACUGUCAUUCAAAAUGGUGCAAACGGUGGUGUGGGACAAGCUGUGAUACAGAUUUGUGCAUCAAUGGGAGUAAAUACGAUUAACGUCAUUAGAAAUAGAUCUAACUUGAGUGAAACAAUAAAGAAACUGCAGUUACUUGGUGCUAACUAUGUUAUUACUGAGGAUAUGCUACAGAAUGAAGAAAUGGCAAAUCUCUUUAAGGUAGUUGAAAGGCCUAAAUUAGCACUCAACUGUGUAGGUGGAAGCAGUGCUGGAAAUCUUUUCUGCCAUCUCAAGGAUGGAAGCACUAUGGUCACAUAUGGAGGAAUGUCAAGAAAGCCCACACCUUUACCUGCUAAAGCACUCAUAUUUAAAAACAUCAAAAUCUGCGGCUUUUGGAUGACACAGUGGAAAAGAAACAAUUUACAUGAUCCAACAAAACUCAUGACAAUGGUGUCAGACUUAACAGAGAUGAUAAGAAGAGGACAACUGUCAGAACCCAGUUGCACAGAAGUUCAAUUUUGUGACUUUAGCAAAGCACUGCAAGCUACCAUGGAUCCUUACACUAACAAACAUGUACUGAUCAUGAACUAA